AUGGAUUCACGUUCCACAAGGUACCGAUCACUCGACGCAAAGGCUGUUGAGCCACCUCUCAGAGUUAGGGAAAGGCACAACUCGGCCCCCACUGUUGAUCGACGCAAAGACCAGCACCACCAAAGGCGUCCAUCAGCCGUUGUCAAACCCUCUGAUACCAGCCACCGAAGCUCUAAACCUCAUGCUCGGGUCGACUCAUUAACUUCUCCAGACCGUGGCACAAACACCCGGCGCUCAGAUCGUCACCAGCCUUCUGGCUAUUCCCUCGAGGCGAAGCUACCGAACAAGGCGAGUGAAUCAGAGUCGACCUCAUCCAUUAACUUGCUGGUGCUUGGUUCUCGCAACUCUGGUAAAACCAGCUUCAUUCGAAACGCCAUUGGGAAAGAGCGGACUCGAACCUCGAUUGAAGUACGGAUCAGAGACAGGUGCUAUCAAAUUCAACUCUUUGAGCUGCUCUUCGAGGAUGUCGACUUCAGCAGUGAGCGGAGAAUCGAAUGGCCACCAUACAUAAAUGGGGUUCCUCUACCCGAAAUUGACGGUGUCUUUUGCCUUUACGACGUCUCUGACAAGGAAAGCGUCGCCGACGUCCCGGCCGCAUUGAGUAAGUUCCCACUCACAAUCUUCCUGCUGGUCUCAAACAAUCAUAUCUCUCCCAAGGAAGUUGGACCUCCCGCUAACGACAUUACUGAAGCCUCCAUGACCAAUACUGGCGUGCCUUGUAUGCUUGUUGCUGCCAAAUGCGACGUCGACGACGAUUCCCGCCAGAUCAGUCCACGUUUCCACGAGACUGUCCGCCGUAAUCUUGCCAAGGUCGCCAUUGCCGAAAUUUCCAUAAGGUCUCCUGAGAACACCAAGCAGUGUUUCCUUGCAAUGAUUCAUCGAGUCAUCGCCUCUCCGCGAGCCUCUAUCCGAGCAAGCAAGUCUUCGUAUACUUCCACCGAGUCUUCAGGCAGCCAGCGCGUUGUCUCAAGGGAUCCCUCGCCGAAAGCAGCUCGAAGCAGGAGCCGAUCGAACAGUCGAUUACAAGUAUCGAAGUCUAAGGAACUACUGCUGAACCUUUCGGUGCGACAAGCACUCAUUGAGUCUGAGAACGAAUAUAGUCAAUCUUCGGAAACGGAGGAUGUGGCUCCGGCCGGUCGUAAGGCCAAACUCAAGUUGGAUACAACAGCUGUUUCUCAAUCCCAGCGCCGUCCGGCCGAACCUCAUACACCUAUGUCUUCCGGCGACUACACCGGCAAAUUGACAUCCCCUCUCGAGACCUCGACAACAGCAGUUCCCGAAACGCCCGACUCCUAUUAUGUAAAAUCAAUGCUUCGUCCCGAGUCAGCAUCCACCAUUGACAGCCGGGCAUAUCAAACUUUCCUCAACAUGGACGAAGACUCUCAUGAGCUUUCCCCUCGGACUGAAGUGGAAGCCUUGGGUUCUUCUUUGGGCGCUCUCAAAGUUGACGAGGGUUCACCAAACGUCGAGCGUGGGGUUCCGUUUCAAGAAUUGGUCGACAAGCUCCUCCUGCUACCCACGAACAAGACAGAUUCCAAAUUUGUCCCGUCCUUUUUGUGUCUGUACCGUGCUUUUGCAACCCCACAAAUGUUGCUGACGGCUAUCAUUGACCAGUUCAUGAAGGUGGAAAAAAGUAAAAUGGUUCACUUCACCAAGGUCGCAGAGAUGCUUCGCUACCUACAGGUAUUGGCUCAAUGGACUGCCACGUAUCCCGGAGAUUUUUCUCCUGGCCCUGCUCGUGAUAUCGCUAUCCCUUUUGUGCAAAGUAUCGAGAAGAGCAAAGUGUUCGCACCUGCUGCUAGAGAGAUAAGCAACAACUUGGACACCAUCAUUCCCGACGAAGAUUUGGAUUGGGCCUUUAAUGAUUCUACCUCAGCAUCGGGUAAAAAGAGUGGCGGAGGCAGUCAUAAAGCAGGGACGUCGGGGUCGUCAUCAACCCUGGUUCCAUCGCCGAGCACUGAAAAUAUGGCAAAAUUGGGUCGCAAGGGACGGCGGGAAGAAGAUGAGAAUGGCGACAAUCUUGACGGGACGACUUCGUCUGCACGUGGAUCCAAUGUGCCUGCGAUGUCGUCCAGCAUGAUGAGGUCAAGUAAUCCCUCCAGUCAGUCAUACGCAAACUUUCUCCAGCUGGAAAAUGCGAAGCUAGAAGCCGAAAGAUUCAGGCCAGUGCCUCGAUUUCGCCUCACCAAAUUCCAAUGGCAUCUAUUCAUGGAAAGCACCCUCGACGACCUUGCCAGGGAAAUUACACGGAUCGAUUGGACUGUGUACUCGGCGAUCAGACCCCGGGAUUUUGUUCGGCAUGUCUCUAUUUCUACCUCCCAGAAAAGGAAGUCCAGCUCCGGUGAUAACAUCGGCGCCAUGGUAAAGAAUUUCAAUCAUCUGGCCUUGUUUGUUUCUGGCAUGAUCCUACUUCGAGACAAGCCAAAGCACCGAGCGAGAGCUUUGGAAAAGUUUAUGGCACUAGCAUGGAAAGUGAGGCAACUGAAUAAUUACAACUCCCUCGGUGCUAUCGUGGCAGGCAUCACUGGUCAUGAGAUUGCUCGAUUGGGGGCAACUCGAGAUCUGAUUCCUCCGGAGGUGCAGAAGCAAUUUCUGAGGUUGACCAUUCUCAUGGGCAUAUCGAGAUCUCAUGCCGCAUAUCGCAUGGCUUGGGACAAUUCUCCAGGGGAACGAAUCCCGUUUCUCCCCCUUGUGCGACAAGAUCUUACGAUGGCUGCUUCGGCAAACCAGACAUUUAUCGGCACGAACAUCAACUGGAAGAAAUUUGAAAUCAUGGGAGAUGUCAUUGUUGGGAUCCAACGCAGUUUGGAAAACCCCUACAGCUUCCCCCAAAGGUCUGUUCGAACUGAUGAGAUCAUCAAGUUGAUCUUGGAAACCAAGAUUGUUGAAGAGUCAGAGGUGAGAUAA